GAGUCAUUUGCCCAGCCCCCGGCUACUGCGUCUCCGGCGCAGCAGCAGCAGCAGCUUGUCCAGAUGGCCAGUUUAGUCCCUUCGACGGAGGCAGGGGCCCCCAAGACUGCAGACCCUGUUUUGCGGGUCUCUACUGCCUGGGGGCCCCCUCGGGGGGCCCCUCGGGGGCCUCCUCGGGGGCCCCCUCGGGGGCCCCCUCGGGGGCCCCCACGCGCAGUCUCCCGGGGGCCCCCUGGGGGCCCCCCCUGCGCGCCCUUUUGGGGCCCCCCCCGGGGGCCCCCCGGGGGGGCCCCCUGGGGGCCCCCGGGGGGGCCCUUGGGGGGGCCCCCAAAACGCCGGUGGUGGGCCCCUGCGCAGCAGGGUACUACUGCCCCGAAGGCAGCAGCAGCAAAGGAGACUCUUCCUUGAGGGCCCCCCCCGGCAGCUUCGCCCCCGAGGGGUCUCCUUUGCCGCAGUUUUGUUGGCCGGGGACUUUCACUGAAGGAGACGCUGCUGCGGAGUGUCUCCUUUGUCCCGCGGGCUUUUACUGCGACGAAGCAGGGAUGAGUCUGACGCCGGUGAGCGGGGCAGCAGCCCCCAAGGGCUGCCGCGUGGGCAUGUACUGCCCCGAGGGCUCCGUCUUCCACAAAAACUGUCCCCCGGGGACUUUUAAUGCUCUUCAAAAUGGAGAGACAGUUGGAGACUGUCUCCUUUGUCCCGCGGGCUUUUACUGCCAGUACGAGGAGACCAAUGGUCCCACGGGAAAGUGCAGCAAGGGAUACCACUGCGCCUCCAGAAGCACUUCCAUGGCCCCCCAGGAAAUUGACUCCUUCGGAAACGGGCCCUGCCCCGCGGGCUUUUACUGCCCGGAGGGGACGGAGUCUCCAGUGGGCUUGUACUGCGAAUACGAGGGCCUUACAAAGCCAAGCGCUGAGUGCUCUCCAGGCUACUACUGCGAAGAAGGUCAGCAGCAGCAGCAGCAGCAACAGCAGCAGCAGCAGCAGCAACAGCAGCAGCAGCAGCAGCAGCAACAGCAGCAGCAACAGCAGCAGCACGGAGGGGUUUCAUUGUUCUUAAAGUUUAUUUCUUGCGAGUCCUCGCCAGAGCCACAAGGCAAAGAAUGCCCUGAGGGUCACUACUGCCCCGCGGGUUCUCCCUCCCCCAUUCCCUGUCUCCCCGUGAGCUAA